AUGUCCUUCAGUAGGACUUAUGGAAAUCUACAGGAUCAGGACAGAAUCUUCACCAAUCUCUAUAGAGAUGGGGAUCCAUUUAUUGACGGAGCCCUCAAAAGAGGAGACUGGCAUAAGACAAAGGACAUCGUUCUCAAUGGUGACGACUGGAUCAUUGACCAGAUCAAGGCUUCUGGUCUCAGAGGAAGAGGAGGAGCCGGAUUCCCAUCCGGCUUGAAGUACUCCUUCAUGCCAAAGGUUUCCGAUGGUCGUCCAUCGUAUCUCGUAAUUAAUGCUGAUGAGUCAGAGCCAGGAACUUGUAAAGACAGAGAAAUUAUGAGACAUGAUCCUCACAAGUUGAUUGAAGGAGCACUCUGAGUUGGAGUCUCAAUGAGAGCCAAAGCCGCCUAUAUUUACAUCAGAGGUGAAUUUUGGUACGAAUAUAAUUGCCUCGAGAGAGCUAUUAGCGAAGCUUACGAAAGAGGCCUCAUUGGCAAAAAUGCUUGUGGAACAGGAUACGACUUUGAUGUCCAUGUUGUCCAUGGAGCUGGAGCUUACAUUUGUGGAGAAGAGACUGGACUUAUUGAAAGUUUAGAGGGCAAGCAAGGAAAGCCUAGGAUGAAACCACCGUUCCCAGCCAAUGCUGGAUUGUAUGGAUGCCCAACAACAGUCACCAACGUAGAGACAGUGGCUGUUUGCCCAACAAUUCUGAGAAGGACCCCAGAGUGGUUUGCUAGUUUCGGUAGAAAGAAUAAUGCCGGAACAAAAUUAUUUGCUGUUAGUGGCCAUGUCAACAAUCCUGGAGUAUUUGAAGAGGAGAUGAGUAUUCCUCUAAGAGAACUCAUUGAAAAGCAUUGUGGAGGUGUCACUGGAGGUUGGGACAACCUUAAGGCAAUUAUUCCAGGAGGCUCCUCAGUCCCUCUUCUUCCAAAGCGUAUAUGUGAUGAUGUCUUGAUGGACUUCGACGCAUUGAGAGAUGUAAGGUCUGGUCUGGGAACAGCUGCUGUCAUUGUCAUGGAUAAAUCUACCGAUGUUAUCGCAGCUAUUCACAGACUUUCUAAAUUUUACGCUCAUGAAAGUUGUGGACAAUGUACUCCAUGUCGUGAAGGAACAUCCUGGAUGGAGGACAUGCUAGGAAGAAUGAGGAAAGGUAACGCAGACUUUGCAGAAAUCGAUAUGCUUGAAGAACUAUCAUAUCAGAUUGAAGGACAUACCAUCUGUGCUCUUGGAGAUGCUGCAGCAUGGCCAGUUCAAGGUCUCAUCAGGCACUUCAGACACGAAAUGGAAGAUAGAAUUGAAGACUAUAAGGCAGAGAAUCCUGAAAGAGGACAAAGAGCUAAAGUAUCCCAUUUACCAGAACACCACUAA